AUGGUGAUGGAGACAGACUUCUGCAUUGGAGAUAGUCGGGCAUACAGAGAUGAGGUCUUCACAUUUACCUGUGAUGCCUGCAAACAAGUUAUACUGCAUGUUCCCUCUCAACUAGAUGCUGAGAAAUUUAUUGGAAGAGUUAAUCUGAAGGAGUGUUUUAGAUCUGCAAAUCUAAUACAUUCAAGUGAUCCUGAUUUCCAAAUUUUAGAAGAUGGUUCAGUUUAUACAACAAAUUCAGUUCUUUUGUCCUCGGAAAAGAGAAUUUUUACCAUCUUACUUUUCAACACAGAGAGCCAAGAAGAGAAGAGAAUUUCUGUCCUUUUAGAGAAUCAAGCAGAGGUGGUAAAGGAAAGGUUUUCUAAAGAAAAAGUACUAAAUCGUGCCAAGAGAAGAUGGGCCCCCAUUCCUUGUUCAAUGCUAGAGAAUUCCUUGGGUCCUUUCCCACUUUUCCUUCAACAGGUUCAGUCUGACACAGCACAAAACUACACUAUCUACUAUUCCAUAAGAGGACCUGGAGUAGACAAAGAGCCCUUAAAUUUAUUUUAUGUGGAAAGAGAUACUGGCAAUUUGUAUUGUACUGGCCCAGUUGAUCGUGAGCAGUAUGCAUCUUUUGAGAUAACUGCCUUUGCUACCACUCCAGAUGGCUACACACCAGAGUACCCACUGCCUCUCGUGAUCAAAGUAGAGGAUGAAAAUGAUAACUACCCAAUUUUUACUGAAUCAACAUAUGUUUUCACGGUUUUUGAAAACUGCCCAGUUGGCUCUUCUGUGGGGCAGGUGUGUGCAACUGAUAAAGAUGAGCCUGACACUAUGCACACACGCCUAAGGUACACCAUCCUUGAGCAGAUACCACCCUCCCCCACGCUGUUCACCAUGCAUCCGACUACAGGAGUUAUCACUACAACGUCAUCUCAACUCGACAGAGAGUUAGUUGAAAAAUAUCAGUUGAAAAUAAAAGUACAAGAUAUGGACGGUCAGUAUUUUGGUUUGAAGACAACUGCAGCUUGUGUCAUUAAUAUUGGAGACGUGAAUGACAACUUGCCAACAUUUACCCGUACUUCUUAUAUGACAUCCGUGGAAGAAAAUACAAUUGAUGUGGAAAUCUUACGUGUGUCUGUUGAGGAUAAAGAUUUAGUUGGUACUCCGAAUUGGAGAGCUAAUUAUACAAUCUUAACAGGCAAUGAAAAUGGAAAUUUUAAAAUUGUAACAGAUCCCAAAACCAAUGAAGGAGUUUUGUGUGUUGUUAAGCCAUUGAACUAUGAAGAAAAACAACAGGUGACUCUGCAAAUCGGGGUGGUUAAUGAGGCUCCGUACACUAGAGAUUCUGGUUCUCGUCUGGCCAUGAGCACAGCCACGGUUACUGUGACAAUAGUAAACCAGGAUGAGGGGCCUGAGUGCAGACCCCCAACACAAAUUGUCCGAAUUAAAGAAAACUCACCCCCAGGAACAAGAAGCAAUGGCUACAGAGCUUAUGACCCAGAGGGAAGAAGUGACCAUGGCAUAAGGUAUAAGAAAUUAAGUGAUCCCAAAGGGUGGGUCACCAUUGAUGAAAAUUCAGGAUCAAUCAAAGUUUUCCGAAGCUUGGAUAGAGAAGCUGAGACCAUCAGAAAUGGCAUCUAUAACAUUACAGUUCUCGCACUGGAUAAAGAUGGAAGAAGUUGUACUGGGACCCUGGGAAUUGUACUUGAAGACGUGAAUGAUAAUGGCCCAUUCAUUCCUCAGAAGACAGUGGUGAUCUGCAAGCCCACCAUGACCUCUGCCGAGAUUGUUGCUAUUGAUCCUGAUGAGCCUGAAAAUGGCCCACCCUUUGACUUUAGUUUGGAGAGUUCUGACUCCAGAGUACAACGAACGUGGAGAUUGGCAAGAAUUAAUGAUACAGCAGCACGUCUUUCUUAUCAGAAUGAUCCUCCAUUUGGGUCUUAUGAAGUUCCAAUCCGAGUUUCAGAUAGGCUAGGCCUGUCUACAGUCACAUCUCUGAAUGUCAUUAUAUGUGACUGUAUUACUCCAAGUGACUGUGCCACUCGCUCAAGGGAAAGAUCAGGCAAUGGAGACGUAAGACUUGGACCGUGGGCCAUCCUUGCAAUCCUGUUGGGCAUAGCAAUGCUAUUUUGUAUUCUAUUUACAUUAGUUUGUGGGACUUCUGGGACAACCAAACAAGUAAAAACACUUCCUGAUGACCUACCCCAGCAAAACCUGCUUGUAUCAAAUACUGAAGCUCCAGGAGAUGAUAAAGUGUACUCUACAAAUGGCUUCACUACCCACACAGUGGGCAUGUCUGGCCAGGGAAUUUGUGGCACAUUGGGACCAGGAGUCAAAAACGGAGGGCAAGAGACUAUUGAGAUGAUGAAGGGCGGACAUCAGACCUUGGACACCUGCCGGGUGGCGACUGGUCAUCACCACACCCUGGAUUCCUGCAGAGGAGGACACGUGGAGACAGACAACUGCAGAUACAAUUACUCGGAGUGGUACAGUUUCACCCAGCCCCGCCUCUGUGAAAAGGUGCACCUGUGCAACGAAGAUGACAAUGAUAAGCAUGCUCAAGACUAUGUCCUCACGUAUAGCUAUGAAGGAAAAGGAUCCUUGGCAGGUUCUAUAAGUUGCUGCAGUGACCAACAGCAAGAAGAUGGGCUUGAAUUUUUGAAUAAUUUGGAGCCCAAGUUUAGUACAUUAGCAGAAGCAUGUGUAAAGAGAUGAUCAUAUUCUAUAAAUCAACAAAAGUCAACUGUGUUACCAUCUCAUCUCCUCUCAAUUAUAAAGUAGGAUUUUCAAAAAAUAGAAGAUAUAGCCAGGCACUGGUGGCUCAUACCUGUAACCUCA